AUGCAGCAAGAUGGUAAUAUACAAGUAAAAAUAUUAAAAGAUGUAAAUCCAUAUUAUUAUAAAAAAGAAAAUCCAUACGACAGUUUAGAAUAUAGUAAAUAUAUUGUGAAUGUGAAUGAUAUUGAAACAACAAAUAUUAUUGAUGAUAAAAAAAAAGAUUUAGUUAAAUCAAAAUAUGAAAUUUUUACAACUGAUUCGUUGUCAACAACUACAGAUGAAAUAUCUUAUGGAUGUCAUAUUGAAAAUAAAAGUGAAGAAAAAGAAUAUUUGAGAUUUUUUGACAAACAAACAGGAAUAAUACGACAAGAUAAUAACAACAAUAAUAAUAAUAAUAUUAAUAAUAAUAAUAAUAAUAUUAAUAAUAAUAAUAAUAAUAUUAAUAAUAAUAAUAAUAAUAUUAAUAAUAAUAAUAUUAAUAAUAAUAAUAUUAAUAAUAAUAAUAAUUACCAUUGUGACAAUAUUAAUAACCUUUGUAGUACUGAAAAUAUUUUCGAUGAAAAUAUAUUAAGAACAAAAAAAAACGAUAAUACAAUUAUAAAUGGUAAUAUUAAAUAUUUAAACAAUAAUAAUAUAUUUAAUACCAACAUGGUACCACAAAAAAACAAUACACAAUUAUUUAAACCAUAUGAUAAAAAUAUGAGGAAUAUUCAAUUAUAUAAUAAGGCCGUCAGUUUUUUAAAAAAUGAUGGGGACGUAAAUUCAAAGAAAAAUACUCAUGAUAGUUUGAUGUUUUUAAAAAGUGUGAGAAGUAAGAGUAAUAAUAAUCUUAUUGUAAAUAGAAAUAUAACAAGUAAUAUGACAAGUAAUAUGACAAGUAAUAUGUCAAGUAAUAUGUCAAGUAGUAUGACAAAUAAUAUAUCAAGUAGUAUGACAAAUAAUAUAUCAAGUAGUAUGACAAAUAAUUUGUCAAGUAGUAUGACAAAUAAUAUAUCAAGUAGUAUGACAAAUAAUUUGUCAAGUAGUAUGACAAAUAAUAUAUCAAGUAGUAUGACAAAUAAUAUAUCAAGUAGUAUGACAAAUAAUUUGUCAAGUAGUAUGACAAAUAAUUUGUCAAGUAGUAUGACAAAUAAUAUAUCAAGUAGUGUGCUUAAUAAUAUGAAUAGGGUUGUGACGAAUAAUAUUAUUACUAAUAUAAACAGGUCAGUAUCUGGAAGUAAAAGUAUUAACAUGAGCAACCCCUUAAUUAUAAAUAAGAUGGAUUAUAAUACUGAUAACUAUCAACACCAUCACCACAACAACAACAAUAAUAAUAAUAAUAAUAAUAAUAACAAUAAUAAUAAUAAUAACAGUAAUAGUAAUAGUAAUAGUAAUAGUAGUAGUAAUAUUUUAAGUGGUAAAUAUUUUGUGAAUUCUCAAAAUGGUAAUAAAAAUAAUUUCCUUACAAAAUUAGGAGAAAGCACAAUACGAUCUACUACAAACAUUUUAGAUAUUUAUAAACAAGGAAAUAUGUAUAUGCAUCUCCCAAAAAAUGUUGAUGUAUUAAAUAAUGUCUCUUCAUAUAAUAUAACACAUGAAAAUUAUAUUAAAAGGGACAAUGGAAACGUGGCAAAUAAUAAUAACCACGUUGUAAAUAAUAAUAACAAUAAUUAUAUAAAUAAUAACAAUGUUGUAAAUAAUAACAAUAAUUAUAUAAAUAAUAACAAUAAUUAUAUAAAUAACAACAACUAUAUAAAUAAUAACAAUGUUGUAAGUAAUAACAAUAAUUUUAUAAGAAAUAAUAUAUCCUUAAAUAAUGCUCAUGCAUUAAACAUUAAAUUUAAUAAGAAAGAUAAUGUGGAGAACCUAAGAAACCAUAUUCCAAACAAUGAAAAUAAAAACAUUGUAAAUAUGUUAAGUUUAAAAAAUAUGAAAAGCAUAAAUGAUUUGUCAGUCUUAAUAAAUAAAAAUAAACCUAUUCAUUUGAUACAUGGUAAUGAGAUACAACAAAAAAGAUCAUUGAGUAAUGUUCAAAAAUUAAAAACGUUGAAUACUUUUCCAAAUUCUAAGGGAAGGUUUAGUCUUAUGAAUAAAAUGGCUAGCAUGCCAAAUAUGAGUACAACGAGUAAUAUGAACAUGUCAGGUGUAAACACAAACUCUUCUGAAGGAUUAAUUAGUAUGAAUAAUAUAAAUACCUUGAAUAAUAUAAACAGUGUGAAUAAUAUAAACAGUAUGAAUAAUAUAAACAACAUGAAUAAUAUAAACAACAUGAAUAAUAUAAACGACGUGAAUUAUAUAAAUACACUAAAAUUAUUAAACAAUAAUAAUGAUAUAUAUAACUUAAAUGCACAAGUAAAAAAUAAUAGUGAUAUACAAAAGAAAUUUAGUACCUGUGGAAAAAGUGACACCUCUGAAAGUAUAAAUAAGAAUGCAAAAUACUUAAAAUAUAUACAAGAAAAUAUUCAAUAUUUGAAUAAUCUUGAUGAUAAUAAAAGAAAGUAUUCUCUUACAAGUAUAACUGAUGUGGGAGGUAUAAAAAAAAAAAAAAAUAUGAAUGAUAUUUUUUUAGGAAAGCAUGAUAAUGUAUUACUUACAGAUGAAAUGCAAAAUAUAAAUAUAGGAAGAAACAUGUUGAAUAAUAACAACAACAAUAAUAAUAAUAAUAUGAUAAAUUAUAAUGAUAAUGAUAAAAGUAAGAUAAUAAAUAAUGUUAUAAUAAAUAAGAAUGUGUCUACCGAUUUGUCAAACGAUAGAGAAUAUGAUAUAAAUAAAAUGAAUAUUUAUAAUGUGGAAAAGGAUGAAAAUAAUUAUAUAAAUAUUGCGAAUAAUAAGAUAAAGAAAAAUAACAUUGAUGUUAAUAAUAAUGUGAUGAAAAUGAAUAGUAUGGAUGAAGAAGAAGGUGUGAAUAAAUUAUCGAUAGUAUCAUUAGAUCCAAACAAUAACAAUAUGAAUCAUAUGGAUAAUAUGAAUAAUAUGAAUAGUAUGAAUAAUAUGAAUAAUAUGAAUAGUAUGAAUCAUAUGAAUAGUAUGAAUAGUAUGAAUCAUAUGAAUAGUAUGAAUAAUAUAAACAUAAAUCCAAGUUGUAAUAAAGUGACCAUGAAAAAAGUGUCUAAAAAAGAGAAUGAUCAAAACAUGGGGUCUACAAAAAAAAUUAGUGAAGAAAAAUAUAAUUUUCUUAAAAAUUUGAUAAGAAAUAAUAAGAAUAUGGUGAAAUUAAAAUAUCUAAAUAAAUUUAUAGGAAAAAGAAAUGGACCAUCAAUAAAAAAUAAUAUGAACGAUAUGAUGAUUAAGAUGAAUAAUAACAUGAAGGAUGUUAUGAAUAUAAAAGAUACAACAAAUAUAAGCAAAAUAAAUAACAAUAUUAAUAAUAAUGAUAAUAAUAAUAAUAAGGUGGUAGAUGUAAAUACAAAUAAUUGUAUUUCUUAUAAUAGUUGUAACAAAAUUAAUUAUAUACAUAAAUAUAAAAAGAAAAGAGUUUUAUGUUUAGAUAAUAAACAUGGGAAGAGUGAAAUAAAACAAAAUGAGAAAUUAAUUUUUACAAGUUAUGAAAUAAAAAUAUUUUUAUUAAAUACAAUUAAAGCAAUAGGUAUAAUUUUUAAGAAAUGGAAAUUUAAAAAUUUUGGAUUAUAUUUUUGGUAUCAUAUAAAAUCUAUAGAAAAUGAAAGAGAUCUAAAUUUUUAUAUUAAUUUAUUUAAUUUUUUGUUUGAAAUAAUAACAGGAAAAAAUAUAUAUUAUCAAUUAAAUGAUAUUCAUAAUAUUGUUAAUUUAUUCAAAGAAUUUAAAAUUUAUGAUUGUAAACAUGUUCUUAAAAAAACUAUUAAAGUUUUAAAUAAAUAUGCAAAAAAAAAUUCCAAACAAUUUUCUCUUUCUGAAAAUAAUCAUCAUGUAGUAUUAGAUAUAAAUAAAAAUAUGUUAUUUAAUGAUGAUGAAAAAUUAACAACAUGUAAUAUAAAACAAAAUGAACAAGAACAAAUUAAAAGUAAUAUUCUAUAUGAUCAUUAUAAUAUAAAUGUAGAUAAUAAACAAAGUAAUCAAAUCAUAUCAAAUGAAAAUAAUAACUCAAAGGAUAAUUUUUAUUCAUAUCUAUAUGAAUCAUUACAAGGAAAUAAUCAUAUUCUUCAACAACCAGGUGUACAAAAUAUGCAUAUAUAUAAUAUGUUCUCACAUUUUAAUGAAUUAAAUUAUAAUGAUAUGUUUAACUUUUCAAUAACCUAA